UUUUUGUUUCUCAACUCACCAAAUUCUUCACCGUUCACAUUCUCUUUUUUUCAACUUUACAUGGAAAUCACAUUUCCUACACUAGAAGAUUUCUCAUUCUUGUUCCCAGAAAUGGAUCCCAAUGUAAACUCUAAGAAAAGAAGUCACCCUGAAAGUUCACAGACUCAAUGGAAUAACAACAACAACAGUAACAUUUUCAAUGAUGAUGAUACUAAUAGUAAUACAUUAAACGAUAUCCUGAAUUCUCUUAUUCAAUUCGACAAACAAAUUCCAAAACAGGAACAGUACCAGCAACAACAACCACCACGUACACAACCAACGCCAAUGAUGAAAUAUAAUUCAAAUGAGAUGAUUUUAGAUUUCGACCAGGUUGUUACAAAGAAAGCGCGUCGCUCAGACGCGACUGCCAUUGCAACUGCAACUGCAAAUAUAACUAACACCGCAACUACUUCUUCCAUAGUGGGCCCACAGAGACGGUUAUGGGUAAAAGACCGUUCAAAACACUGGUGGCAAACCUGCAGCAGUCCUGAUUUUCCGGAAGAAGAGUUCCGGAGAUGUUUCCGGAUGAGCAAAUCAACGUUCGAGUUUAUUUGCCGCGAACUCGAUUCAGUUGUUACGAAGAAAAACACGAUGCUCCGAGAGGCGAUUCCGGUGCGGCAGAGGGUGGCGGUUUGUAUUUGGAGACUUGCAACUGGUGAUCCUCUUAGGCUUGUUUCGAAACGGUUUGGAUUGGGGAUAUCCACUUGUCAUAAACUGGUGCUGGAGGUUUGUUCUGCAAUUAAGAAAGUUCUAAUGCCGAAAUUUAUUAGUUGGCCUGAUGAGCAAAACAUGAAGUUAAUUAAACAAGAGUAUGAGUCUCUUUCUGGAGUGCCGAAUGUUGGUGGUUCAAUGUAUACUACUCAUAUUCCGAUAAUUGCGCCGAAGUCGAAUGUGAAUUCUUAUUUUAAUAAGAGACACACUCAGAGGAAUCAGAAAACUUCUUACUCUGUUACUGUCCAAGGUGUGGUUGAUACUAGAGGGAUUUUUACCGAUGUUUGCAUUGGUUGGCCUGGUUCUUAUCCAGAUGAUCAAGUUUUGGAGAAAUCCGUUUUGUAUCAGAGAGUUAUGAGAGGGAAUUUGAAGGAUGUUUGGGUUGUGGGAAACUCUGGAUUUCCUUUGAUGGAUGGGAUUUUGGUUCCUUAUACACAUCAGAAUCUGACAUGGACGCAGCAUGCUUUUAAUGAGAAAGUUGGGGAUAUUCAGAAGGUCUGUAAAGACGCGUUUGCGAAAGUGAAAGGUAGGUGGUCUUGUUUGCAGAAGAGGACAGAGGUGAAGAUUGAGGAUUUGCCUGGUGUUCUUGGUGCUUGUUGUGUUUUGCAUAAUAUUUGUGAAAUGAGGAAUGAGAAGAUGGAUCCUGAGUGGAGUUUUGAGCUGUUUGAUGAUGAGAUGGUGGCGGAGAAUGGUGUUCGGUCUGCUGCUGCUGCUCAGGCUAGAGAUAAUAUUGCUCAUGAUUUGUUGCAUCGCGGCCGGGCCGGGAAGUAGGUUGAUUUUUUCUGUUAUGUCAUGAGUCAUGACCAUGAUCAUGAUGAUGAACAAGAUUGUAACAUUAGUGAUGGAUUAUGUCAUGUUGAUUGUUAGUUCAGUAUAAGUUUAUAGAUUGAGAGAGAUUUUUUAUACAAAAUUACAUAAAAUGAAUGAAACAGUUGAAUUUUGUUUGAUUAAAAA